AUGCCGGUCCAGCAAAUAAAUGUAAAGAAUUCCUCCGAUAUUGAAAGCUGGGAAUGGGGCGGGGGAUGUGGCAGAGAACCUAUUCGCGCAGGAUCUGGCAGCAGUCAAACAUCUUGCAGUAAUUCCAGUGGAGAUAUUUGUAGAAUUUGUCAUUGCGAAAGCGAAAUUCACAACCCUUUGCUGGCCCCUUGUUAUUGUUCUGGAAGUCUGAAAUAUGUUCAUCAAAGUUGCCUCCAACAAUGGCUAACAGCAUCUGAAACAAGAUCAUGUGAACUAUGCAAAUUUAAUUUUAUUAUGCAUACUAAAAUUAAGCCAUUUAGUGAGUGGCGUCUACUAGAGAUGUCGGGUGUAGAGCGACGUCGGCUGUGCUGCGCUGUAUUGUUCCAUUGCGUUGCGGCGUUAUGUGUCAUGUGGUCCCUGUUCGUACUCAUCGAAAGAGCGGUAGAGGAGGUCAAUCGGGGGCUCAUAGCGUGGCCAUUUUGGACGAAAUUAGUAGUAGUUGCAGUAGGUUUUACCGGUGGAGCAGUUUUCAUGUAUAUACAAUGUCGGCAGUAUUUACAUCUUUGUAACCGUUGGAGAGCUCAUAAUAGGAUACUCCUAAUACAAAACGCGCCGGAAAAGAUACCAAUACACGGGUCACCGCCGAUGCGCAACAAGAGACGGGAGCGCAGCACGCGCGGGCAGGUCGUGGCCAACAUCGAGCCGCCGCCGCCGCCGGCCGCCUACCACGAGGAGGACGAGAGCGGCGGCUUCGAGACCUACCGCGGCAACCCCCACCGCCGCCUCUCCGCGCUCACCGAGGACCGCCUCAUAGUGGCGCUGCCGCACGAGGAGACGCGCCGCUACUCGGACACGCGCUUGGGGCACGUGCUCGCGUCCGUCGACGACGACGGUCACGCGCCGACUGAGGGUGGUGUGUACCACAUCAACGUGGACCCGCUAGAAGCAGACAUCCGAGAACUCUUAGCUUUAGAGGCGCGUCGUGAGGCCCGCGCUGCCCGCUCGCUGCCCAACUUGCGCGCCAGCCGCGAGAGCCUCCUGCCCGGGCCGCCCGAGCCCGUACCACACCCCCUCCCUCUCCCCACACCGCCCACCCCCCUCCCUUCCAUCCCUCCCGUCCCUCCUCCCUCC